AUGAAGAAUGAAUUAUCGAGAUAUACAUCAGAAUUGAGUACAGAAGAUUUUGAUUUUGUAAAACAAUGGAAAGGUCCUAUUAAAAUUGAUAAAAGAUAUUUACCAGAGUGGGUAAAGACAUCGAGUGCAAUAGUUCAACUCUUGGUAACAGAUGAGAAAAAGAAAAAAAAGCAUGGAAAAUCAGCUGCUUCACAAGAGGAUGAUGAACAUGUUCUUAAACACGCCUCUGGUAUUAAAAUUGUUGUGGAGGGUUAUGAAGAGAUUACCAAACAUGAUUCUAUCAAUGUUGCAAAUUCUCCAUCUCAUACCAGUAUCAGUAUUAAUUCUAAAGGAAUUCUCACACCAAAGAAAUCUGUCACACCAACUGUAGAUAUUGUAAAAGCUAUUAAUUCUAAAACAAGCAAGCCAAAGGAAGCCAAAAGUGCUGAUAGUGUUACUUCACCUUUGGGAGAUGAAGCUGAUUUCCUGAUGAGAGAAAACAUUCAAGAGGAUAAUAUUCCGCCAUUUGUAGAAACACAACACAUAUUAACCAAGAAGGAAAAGCCUUCACUAUGCAUAAGAGGUCUUGAUCUGGGAUACACAUCUGAAAGACAACGACAACAAUUGAUUGUUUGGAAAAACAAGAAACUUACCUUUAGAGAUUUGGAUCUACCAGAGGAUGUAGAGGAAUAUUUGGACGAUAUGGAUGACCCUUUCAUUUAUGACGAAUUUCUUUCAUUCUUAACAGAUCAAAAAGAUUAA